AUGAGCGGCGACGGAUAUAUCGUCACCAUGAUUAACACCGCAAACGCCGCUACUAAGAGACCAGAGCAGAGCAGAUGCUGGACAGACUGCGGUAUCAUGGCAUGGUGUACGUCUGCUCACGCGCGGGAGAAUACCAUAGUAUUGCCACGCAGAUUACAUCCUCCAUACGUGAUGUGA